AUGGAUUUCAUUGUGGAGCUUCCUCCUUCCAACAAUUGUAAUACUAUCUUCGUGGUUGUGGAUCGUCUUACUAAACUUGCACAUUUUAUUCCACUUCCUCGGUUACCCUCUGCAGCAGCUACUGCGGACGUAUUUAUCAAAGAAAUUGUUGGGUUGCACGGAUUACCCAAGGAAAUUAUUUCUGAUCGGGGUACUCAGUUCACCUCAAGAUUUUGGACUGCCUUAUGCAAAGCUCUUGGUAUUGUUUUGUCCAGAUCUUCUGCAUAUCAUCUGCAGACUAAUGGGCAAACGGAAAGGACGAAUCAAACUCUUGAACAAUAUAUUCGUACCUUUUCUACAUAUCUACAAGAUAAUUGGGUAUCUCUUCUUCCUUGUGCAGAGUUUUGCUAUAAUAAUUCAAUACAUUCAUCCACCGGUCAAACUCCUUUUUUCUCUAAUCUUGGAUUUCAUCAAAUGAUGUUUCCUGAUAUUUUCCAUGAGGUGACCCUUCCUUCUUUGCAAGAUCGCCUUGGAUUUUUAAAAGAGAAUACAAAGCAUCUCAAAGAACACAUUAUUAAAGCUCAACAGAAUUUUAAAAGUUUUGCUGAUCGAAGACGAGGAAGGGAUCCUGAAUUUAAAGUUGGAGAGAAGGUUUGGCUGUCUACCACAAAUUUACGUCUUUCUAAUACCUCUAAAAAACUUGCUCCAAAGUUCAUGGGACCAUUUUUUAUCAAAAGAGUUAUUAAUCCAGUAUCUUUUGAAUUGAAGUUACCUGAGUCUCUUAAGAUUUAUCCUGUAUUUCAUGCUUCUUUACUAAAAAAGUUUGUUCCAAAUACUUUUUCUGGGCGUGUUCCUCUCCCUCCUCCGGCUAUCUUUUGUCAAGAUGAAGUGGUGUUUGAAGUCGAAAGGAUUCUGGAUUCCAGAUUUCGGGGAAGGAAAUUACAAUACUUUGUCAUAUGGAAAGGAUUUCCUAACAAAGAGAAUUCUUGGGAACCAGUUGGAAAUGUUCAUGCACCGAGAUUAACUUCAGCUUUUCAUAGGAAUCAUCCAAAUAAGCCUGUUGAAGACAUCUUGAGGCCGUCCCUCAGGGGGGGGGGCAAUGUAAGGUGCUGGAAAAAUAUCUCUGCUAUGGAAAGCAGCCACCACAGACUUUCUGUUCAUUCUUACCAGGAUACUUUCAAUUUGAUAAGCAAUGAGAAACUUAAAAAAGACUGCCAUUCACUGUCAAAGAGUGUCUCUACUGUGUCUGAUGGCCAAGGCCCUGAACAGAAGAGGCACGAUAUUCAUAAAAGCCUUAACAGAUUGUUCUGCCAAUCCACAAGUAGUGACAACAGACAAGCGUCACAGACUGAGAAGUGGUCAACAAUGGAAGAUCCGGUUCUUGAUUCAUAUUUUGCUGAAGACCUCAGCAAUCAUUUCAUAAACCAUCCAGGGGAAAAUGGUCAGCUGCAAAAUAAUUACAUAGCUGCUGAUUCUUUUCCUAACCCUAGAGAACCAGAGGGAUAUUCCAAAAGUGAUGUGCUAGAAAAUAUGUCCUUGUUGGGUGGUUCAAAAAUUUCCAAGUGUAAAGCUCAACGUUUUGACAGGUUUGAUACACAGGAGGUGGGCAUCAAAAAGAGUUAUUCUGAUUCCUUCUACAACAAAGUACCAAUAUCAAGCUCUCCUAUGAUAAGCAAUAAAAACAGUGCCACAUACUUAACUCUUUAUUCUUCUACUGGAAUUUCUGAUGCAGCCAGUGAUUCUGGAAUAGUCGGUUCUUUGUCAAAUAAUCAAAACAACCUCAGCGAAAUGAUGUGUUCAGGGAGAGAUCAAAAUAUUGGCUUAUUCCAUUUGGGUAGCCAUGAUAUCAAGCAGAAUAUUUCAUUACAUUCAGUAACUGAAACAUAUCAUCAUAGAGUUUUGGAACCAAUGAAUUCUGAGAAUGGUUUUGCAAACAAUUCACUGGUGUAUAGCCAACCACAUUGCAAUAAGCCAGGACUAACUGUGUGUGAUAGUUUUUGUAACAUGAAGCAGUCACAAAUUAAUAACAGUUGUGAAUAUAAUUGUCGCAUAGCUCACAAACCAGCUAUGAAGGGGGAUGACACUAUUGCUGCAUUUUGCCAUUCUCUGCCCAUACCAUCUGUCCAGUAUUCCCCAGGGCUAUUAAGCAUACUUGGUGAAUCAGGGCCAAGUCACACACAUCCAGAAUUUUGUUCUCUGCUACCACCUUCUGGUAACUUCGUUUUUCCUAAACUAGUCUCAUCUGUCAGUGAAUCUGGACUGGAUGCUAAAAAGCUAAUGAGAUGUGGCAAGCUGUUUUUUACACAAUCAGCAAUGUCUAUAGGGGAAAUGCAGUUAAGUAGACAAGGCAGUUAUGAACUGUUAACUAAGUUAUCUGAAACAUCAUCAAUUACCCAGCAAGCAACAGGCUUAAGUAAGGAGAUGAAAGACACUUGGACUAUGACUACUGAAAACCAAUUGUCAAAGCAAUACAGACACCCACUUCAUUGUAAAGAUGCAGAGGUACAAACUAUUGUCAUAAUGGAAAACAAAUCAGUGUCUACAACUCCAUAUAUUCCUAAUGGAAGUCACGCGCAAUUAUUUCCUGAAGUAGGCUUAGCACUGCAAUGUCCUCGGUCCCCAGUAAGAGAAGUCUGCUGGGAUGAUGAAGGAAUGACAUGGGAGGUAUAUGGAGCUGCAAUGGAUCCUGAGGUUCUUGGGUUUACUAUUCAAAAGCAUCUGGAUAUUCAAAUAGAACAUCACCUACAGCCUUCUGAGAAAUCCAGAGAUACAACAGUAAAUCAGUCGGCUAAUGAGAAGAGGAGAUUGUUUAGAAACGUGAUGCAUUCCCUAAGACAAUCCAACUGUUGCAUGUGUACCAACUCUACAGUAGAAUAGAACUACCUGAGCACUAUGAUCAUAAUUUGUAACUUCUGAUUCAGGGAAUGUUCAGUUUGGGGUCCCCAGCAGUCUUGAGCUGUUGAUUGGAGGAGAUGGACUGCUAAAACAGGUUUAGAAUCAGUAAACGGAUCACAGAUUGGGCACCUUUGUUGUGUUGCCUUUUAACUUUUAACGGAAAUGCAAGAGUAAAGGAAGGACAAUUUUGUUGCACUUAGAUUAUUUUCAUCUUUGUAAAUGUUAGCAAAAUCAAAGUAAACUACACUUUUAAGAUUGGUUUACAUAAAAGCAAAACAAAUAAG